AUGGAGCGCAAACUAUCAGAAAAAGCAACCAAAAUACGAGACCGUCUGACCUUCACUAGAAGCAGCUCCGCGCGAGGCCUAGAAUCAACACUGGUCUCGCCCAUUGACGCCAGUCCAUCAAGCAGUCGUCCCCGGUCAACGAUAGAUCUCGAGUCUCCCACUCACGACGUGGGCCACAGCAGGGACCCCCAUGACGAAGGGGGAUACACUUUCACAGACGAGCCAGGCUACUUCCGCCCUGCAUCACCGUUUAUCGACCGCCAAGAGAUCGAAGAAGACCUUGAAGCUGAUAUCAAGCAUGCAUGUGCUAUGCUAUCUCACAGCAUUGACCGUGGAAUUCCAACCGGAUUGUCCUAUCCGAGUGCCGUGCCAGUCUGGACAGAUGGACAAAAUCCCGCUGGUCAGCCCAGGAUCGACGCAGCUCCUUCAUCUUUAAAACAGCAUGUCAUUCUUCUGUCGGCACCCAACCCAAUCAAUCCCGAAACAGAAAGCACCAAGAGACAUGAUUCCGGCGUCGGUAUGAUCUUCAAUUCUCCCAGCCAAAGAGGGAGACCAUACGACAACAGCGUAUCGGGCACAGAUACCUCAACACGGUUCUAUAACAAACAAGCCUCCGCCUCACCACCACACAGCGCACAACCAGGACCCCGCUCUCGGAGCCAGAGUCUAGCAACAACAGUCGAGGAUAUCCAAAGGGGGCGGGCCUACUCUUCAAGCCCGGUUCCAUUCCCAUACAGUCCUCCCCAACUCAGCAGCGAGUGGACAUCGAAGCCAACGACGCUCGGCAGCCCAGUCAGCUCGCUCAAUGAUAGCGAACAAAAGUUCGAAGCCACCGAGUCCGAGCUCGACACAGAUCCAGAGACCGAGAGCGCCACCAACACAAAUGAGGGCAAACCCGAGACAUCCUCUUCAGCCUUAUCCCCACAAAAAGCGCCAUUUCUCGAUCGGACAGGCGGGGCCUGGCGCGCUAGCAGAGACAUCCACCUCAUCAACGAAGAGAAAACGACAACAACCGGACCCAAGAAGACAAAGCCAUUGACCCGCUUCUAUAGUUCUUGCUACCAAACGACAGGAUCAUUCAACUCCUGUGAAUGGCCGACGAAGAAUUUCUGGGAGGAUCGGGACCCGAGUGUUUAUGGCACAGUCUCACCAGCUUCACCACUGGGCGUCGGAAGGGGCACGGUAUCAAGACCGGAAACAGGUAGCUCGAGAUUGGGUAGUGCUUCGACGGAUGAGGAGAAGUUGCCUAGCAGAUAUCCGUACCAGUCGUUUGCCGGGUCCAGCCACGGGAUGUCUUACUCGUCUUCUUAUUUGGGGGACAAGUGUAAGCACCAAGAGCGUGUUUACUCUGUUGUUAUGCCCGGUUCGCUGCCUAAAAAUAACCGGCGAAAGAAGGCUUCGCUUCUGUUGAGGAAGUUGGCUGGGCUGGGGAGGAGGAAGGAGAAUGGCAAUGGGAAUGAGGUUUGCUGA